AAAACUACCAAACAAUACUAGAUAUAAAAUACCAGCAAGAAGAAGUUGACUCAGAAAAUGAAGAACAAUUUGAAAAACUAAAGCUACCAGACUUCACCUUGAAUGAAGCCACGGAUUUUGUAAACAAAUCCUUUGAAAAUAUACAACCCGCAGAAGCAUACCAAGCAAAGAAAACUGCCCGAAAUAUUGAAAAACAAAUAUACCAACUAAAAGAAACUCAAAAGAAACUCAAUAUUAAAUUAAAGAAAUAUUACCACCGAAGAUUCACCAUAAUCUUCAGACCAGUGCAACGGCCACAAAUAUUACAACAUUUGGGAAAUGCACCAACGUUAUCACGGUUACAAAAAUCAGAAAUAGC